GUAUGAUUGGAAGAAGAUGGCUAACCCUACUCGGAAUAUAGCUACUAAGGCCAAGGUGAUGAAAAAAGAAAAUUAUCAUGAAGAUGUAUAUAAAACAAAUGAAGUAACCAGCAUAUACCAGAAUUCAGCUCAGCGGCCAUCAGUUGAAAUCACAUCUUGCAUCAGUUACCAAAAGUUUCGAUACAGUGGUGAAAAUAGACCUGGAAAAAAGUAUCAAGAAAAAGAGUUCAUGACCUUAAAGCUCAGUAAUUUGUCUGACAAAGUUGUUCGUGUUGUCAUAAUUUGUACUGAUGCUGACAACCGUGAGCUGAUUCAUCCUAACGGACUAGUGGGUAAAGAUUGUCAUGAUGGGAUAUAUGAUAAAGAAUACGCUGUAACCAAACCAAGCUUUCCCAUAAAAAUACCUUACUUAAGAACAGAAAGAAUCAAAACCAAAAAAAAUGAACAUGCCAAGAUUCAAAAGGUCCUCAGUGAAAGAGCUUCACAUCUGCCAUCUCCUUACAAAGAACGCUGCUUAUCCCAGUGCACAGACAAGUACACUUCAUCCCGAAAGUUUGACACCACCAAAGUGUGUCUGGGUGUUAUAGUGACAGUACAAAGCCACCAGGGACCUUUCAAUGGAUCACUUCAUGCCAUUAGUCAUGUGGUCAGAAAUGCCAGUGAGAAAACAUCUUUAAAAAUUCUGAAAUUGAGUCAAGAUGUAGUGUCUGUUGGUGGAGGACAGGUUGAUAUUUUCACCACGGAAGAUGGUCCUCUUAUUGAACCAGAAAAGUACAUGAUCUAUGUCAGUGCCCCACUGUAUACUGAUACUAGUGCUCAAUGGGAGUCAGAGAGACAUUGCCCUACCAAAGAUGAGAUUCUCUACAAAAGAAUCAUUACAUACAGUGUGCCAGCCUAUGAGCCUAACCCUAGUUUAGAUCAGCCCAUUGAGGCUUUACUUCACCUGGAAUGUCCACAAAGCAACCAGUACUGCAGCUAUGUUUUUCACUAUGGACCUAAUGGAGGAAUCAUCAUCGAGGACCAAUCCUACAAUAAUAAAUUUUAUGACCAUCAGGAUAUUAAACCAUCAAAACUCAGAUUGAAUCGAGAUGUGUUUGAAAGUGAUGCUAACAUUGAUACCAUAAAAGCAAACCUGAAAUCAAAAUUGACAUCUAGACAAGAACAAAUCUAUAUUGAAACACAGAGCGAAUCUCAAACAGAGGGCAAUCACUAUAUCAUUCAAGAUUCACAGAAUUUUAAUUCUCAGCACUCUGUUUUAAUCCGCCAUCAGGACCCCCAGACAGGAGAGAGCUCCUACCUACUUGACAUGGAUGCCAGCAGGGGCUUGAGCAAUGGCAUAAACAAUGGCCAGCAAUACAACAUGCAACAAUAUUCACUUGAGAGAGUCAGUGAAAGUGAUGCAGGCAUAAAAAUGGUGAGUGGUAAACAGACAUCCUUUCCAUCCUCCCCUGACAUGGAAGUGGUUGCUACAGGCUUUUCUGAAGCUGUUCCGCCCAAUACAACUGUACUGAUUUACACCACCAAUGGAGGAUAUCCUGAACAUGGGGAGCAGGUGGUCAUCCAGGAGCUCUCAGAGGAAGAUUCUGUUGCAAGCUCUUCUAACAUAGUCACAGAUGAAGGGGUUGAAGUAAGAAAUUCUCCGCCUAAUACAGCUCACAAUGGCCAGUCAGAACAAGUUGUCCGCCGAGAAUCCAUUACAGAGAAAACGAUAAGUAGCAAAGAGAAAACUCAGCCUACGAAUGGCACCAGUGCUGACAAAUCUGAAAGGAAUGCGAGUCAAAGUGUCUCAGACCAUGUGAUUCAUGACUCAGAUCGUCCAGUUGUGGCCAGAGGGUCCUACAGUGCCAGUAAUGUUCAUACAGGCGCUUCCACCGACAAGCCAGUGACUGACAGGCUCAGUCCUGUGCACACGUCGUCUCCAUCAACCAUUCCCCCCCUUCGAAGGAUGCUCAUCCAUCACCCCAGCAAACUGUCUAGUGCCUCUGCCUGGGAGGUUGGCACUGAAGAAGACCAGUCAGAGUCUUAUGAUCUGAUUAACUAUGGCUAUAGCAAGAAAGAGAUCCUGGUCAAGCAAGAACAGUCUCAACCUGAGUCCCAGAAAAACAACCCUGGGACAGCUUACCAGCACCAGUACAUCCCUAGCAAGCAGAUUCAUAUUGUUGAAAACAGCAAUAGCAUUUCCAAUAAAAAUGUGACCAGGGAAGCAGAGGGUGGCAAUAAACAAGACUCUAAUGGUGGUCAGAAAUUGGCCUCAAUGGAUUUCAAUCUACAACAGGCCCUGGUAGAAAACUUGCCAACAAUGAAGGUCAUUGAACUGGCAGAAAUCAUAGAAAGAGGACUCCCUUCUACAACAGAACAGGUGGAUGCUUGAAAUUAUUCUAGGAACCUUUAUUGGUAUGAACAAACAUCAACAUAAAAAACAAAAGAAUUCACAAUGUGCUGGAAACUUUUCCUUUAACAUUAGUAAUAAAUGGUAAACUUAUCAGACUCAGAUAUUUACAAAUGAUACAAUUGACAAGUUAUCUUUUUCUCCUUUUUUUUUAAUCAUGGUGCAAGCUAGUUGUUGAGUACAAGUGGGAAUGUUACUUGUUAAGUACUACUGUGCAAACUUGUCAUUUUAUGGUACUAUUUAGUAUAGAUGUGAUAUUAUACAUCUGAAGGAUUUGUUUUUCUUACUUAUGUUUUCCUGUGAUGACCAUUUUUAACUGUGAAACUAUCUAAAUCUAACUAUGUAUCAUAUAUGUUACUUUCACAUUUUUAACAUUAUUUUGAAUGAUCAAUAGGACAAGAAGAAUGUAUUUAAAUAUAUGUUUUAUUCAUAUCUGUUGUGCCAUUUAUGUUGAUGGUGUUUAUAAAUAAUCAUAGAUUUUUUAAAAUGCAGAAAACAAAGAUUGGAUAACUGUUUCUGGUGAGAAUAUUUUUGUAAGUUUUGUAGUGCCUGCUUGGCACAACUUGUUGCUGUUUAGCAUUUUGAAAGUGGACUUUUCUGAGCUGAGCUUGGACAGUUAUAAUUUUCUAGUUUGUCUUUUUCUCCACAAAUUAUCUUAGCAUAGGAACUGUCUUUUUCUCCAAACCCAUGGACUAGGACAUAUUUUAUGUUAAGUCUACACACUUUUUGUCUACAUAUAUAUAUAUAUAUAUAUAUAUAAUAUAUAUAUAUAUAUAUAUAUAUAUAUAUAUAUAUAUAUAUAUAUAUAUAUAUAUAUAUAUAUAUGCUAAGUUGUUUCAGAUUAUAGUUUGAACCUUGAUUUGACAAAACACAUCUAGUUUAUAAAUAAAGUUACAAUUAAUAGUUACAAGUGUUGACAUUAACAUUUUCAGAUGUAAGCCACAUUUUCAUUUAUAAAGAUGGUUGUUGCUACUUGAUUGAUAUGAAUGGUAACCUUUUCUUAUUACCUUCUGUUUUGCUUGUAAUUGUAUAUUAAUUUUACUUCAAAUCUCCCUGCAUGUAUAUCUUCAAUGCUCAAUUCCAGUAAGGCUACUUGGAAUGCACAUUUAAUGUGCUGACUGGCCUCAUUCUGCGCUGUGUUUCUCAUCCUAUGUUAUUUAGAGCCUGUACAACAAAUCUUGAAAGUCAUGCACUGAAGAAAAUAUCUGUGUUAUGUCUCCUGGAAAACAUUUUUUUUUUUUUUACAUUCAUAACCUUAAUGAAUAAUGGAGCUGUUCUGCGAAGCACUGGUACUGUUGAAAUACAAUGCCUAAAAUACAUCUUUUAAUCCUUUAAGGACCAAUAUUCAUUUCCAUACUUGCCUAAUAGAAAGUGAAUGUGCUGCUUAAAAUGAGGCAUUCAGUGUAGGAGAAUUCCUUUCACAGAAUGUUCUUUUUAAACUUGUAUAUACUGGCCAGAUUUAUGUUCUUUUUAAACUUGUAUAUACUGGCCAGAUUUGUUCUGAACUAUUCUGAACUUUUCAAUAGGACCUCAGAUUUGUAUGAGACAUUAAGUUUGACAUUUUGUCUUGCAUUCAGGCAAUAUAUUUUUGUGUUAAAUAAAUAGAUUUAUCAUUUAUAUAUAUAUCUAGAAUGAAAUAAAAUAUAUUGAUAUUUGGCUGUACCCAAAUUUUUAUUGCCCUGAUUUUUCUUUGUUUUUUAUAGUUCUUUUUGACAUUUCUGAGGGUGAACCAACCAACUCUUGAAUAAGCUACACACAAUGUUUGAAUUGUAUGCAUACAUGUACGCAGCUAUGACACAGAAAGAAAUGGCUUUGUAUGAUUUAGUUAUGCAUAUCUCCUAAAUGAAUGCUACCUCUUUACACAUGCUCAUUAUUGUUCAUGUCUAAGUUGUUAAAGUUGUACGUUUUUUUGUUGAACAUUGAAUGUUUCAGCAUUCAGUAUUUGUUUUGUUUAUUUCAGUGUUUUAGUUGUAUAGAAGAUAAUAGUUCACUUCCUAUCCCAUGCAGCUCAUAGUGUUCUCACUCUCAUUGGUUCAUCUCAAUUGAUUGCAAUAGAAGCUGUCUGUUGUUACAUAUAUAUAUAUAUGCUAUGUGUUGAUAAAAUAGUUGAACAUUGUUUGUGUACAUAAGUUGAUAUACUUUUGAUUUUGACAUAUUAAAAUUUAAACAAAAUU